AUGAAGACUGCAAUCCUUCUUUUCACUUGGUUAUCUGCCGUCUCGGCACAGCAGAUCUAUCUGCACGCCGAUGGACCUGUCCGGCGACCCGACAGAUGCUCUUCGGACGCCUAUUACGCCACCGCGAGCCCAGUUUACUCGUUUACACAGUUCUCCUUCACUCAGACCGAGACUGUGCGCACGGCAACGGCUGUCACUCCAGGUCCGACCAAGACCUACGCUCCACCUUACCAAUCCCUAAGUCACCUCGUCCCGGACCUGUCGACGACGACCUGGGGUAACUGGUAUCCAAACGCUGCCGCAGCUCCAACGGAUACUGCCGAUCCGUAUGGACAGGCCGCUUGGUCGGCCCUGUGGGAGCGCGCCUCCCUGGUCAACUUCACCAGCCGGGGAAUGUACUCGACCACCGUCUCCCCAACCCCCGUGCCCACUAGCGAGCUUGUGCUCCCACCCCCGAGGUACUUUCAGCCGCAGGAUUGUUACUACUUUCCAAAGGACUUUGAGCUUGGCGUUGCCGGCUCGGCAAGUCAGAUAGAGGGCGCCAUAGCCGACGAGGGCCGGGCGCCAGCCAUCUUGGACCUGGCAGCAGGCGACCCGCGUCGUCCGGGUCUGCCAAACUACGUGACGAACGAGAACUACUACCUGUACAAGCAGGAUAUCGUGCGUCUGGCUGCCAUGGGCGUCAAGUACUACUCCUUCUCCAUCCCCUGGGCCAGGAUCCUGCCGUUCGCACUCGAGGGUACGCCCGUCAACGAGCAAGGGCUGAACCAUUACGAUGACUUGAUCAACUUUGUCAUAUCCAAGGGCAUGGAACCGCACGUCACCCUCAUCCACUUUGACACGCCGUUGCACCCGUCGCGGCUCGGGAACAGCAACGGCGCCUACAGCAACGAGACGUUUCAAGACGCUUUUGUGCACUACGGCAAGGUGGUCAUGACGCACUUUGCCGACCGCGUGCCCGUGUGGUUCACCUUCAACGAGCCGCUGCUGUGGAGCGACAACGCCAAGGCCAUCGACACCGUCGUCAAGUCCCACGCCCGCCUGUACCACUUUUACCACGACGAGAUCAAGGGCAGCGGUCGGGUGUCUCUCAAGUUCAACGACAACUUUGGCGUACCGCGCGACCCCAGCAAGGCCGAGGACGUCACGGCCGCCAACCACUUCAACGAAUUCCAGCUCGCCACCUUUGCGAACCCCAUCUUCCUCGGCAAGGACUACCCAGAGGCCUUCAAGAUGACGUUUCCGGACUACGUGCGGCUGAGCGACGCGGACCUCGAGUACCUCAACGGAACCGCCGACUUCCUAGGCGUCGACCCGUACACCGCGACGGUGAUCGCGGCGCCGCCCCAGGGCAUCGCGGCCUGCGCGGCCAACCAGUCCGACCCUCUGUUUCCGUACUGCGUGGAGCAGAGCACGACGACGACCAACGGGUGGGACAUUGGGUACAGGUCGCAGUCGUACGUCUACAUGACGCCAAAGUACCUCCGGACGUACCUCAACUACCUGUGGAACUCGUUCCGGCGCCCCAUCGUCAUCACAGAGUUUGGAUUCCCCGUGGCCGGCGAAGGGUCGGCCACGCAGGCGGCGCAGGAGUUUGACGAACCCCGGAGCGACUACUACGUCAGCUUCCUGUCCGAGGCGCUCAAGGCCAUAUGGGAGGAUGGAGUGCACGUGGCCGGGGCCUUUGCCUGGAGCUUUGCCGACAACUGGGAGUUUGGCGAUUACGACCAGCAUUUUGGGCUCCAGACCGUCAACCGCACUACCAUGGAGCGCCGGUAUAAGAAGAGCUUUUUUGACCUGGUGGACUUUGUGGCCGCGAGGACGCAGAAGUAG